CCCAUUCAACAGAGGGCAGUAGGUCACGCAAACAAAACAGACAAAGAAGAAGCCUACGUUGUUUCUUGACGGAGAGCAAUCUUCGACGUACUGGUCCACUUCCUGUUUUGUUUCCUCUCUCCUUAUUAACUGUUGGCUCGAUUCUCGUUGAAAAUGGAGCCAUUAUCCAGGCAGGUAGACAACAAGAACCACCCCGCGAAGACACGCGCUUUCACCCGCCAACGGUGGACCUUAUAAACACAGCCCAAGCCGUUGACGCACUUCUCCUAAGGGGCUUUCGAGCCCACACAACCCCCGGCGACAUGGCACUCAGCUCGGGCGGCUGGGCUCCGCAGGUCCCGCUCCUCGGAUCGUCCCAGCCUGGUGCCUGCGAUGGGCUCACGGCCUCAGCUUGCUGCAGUACGGUCUUAAUGUCUGUACGCGUCUCGGUGUCCCACUCCGGUAUCCGUCCCUUGUGCCUCCCCGGAGCAGACAGCGAGGCUCUGCGCCUCCAGCUCAGCAUGGACCCCAGCCGGGCCGGAGAGUUCCGACUGGCCCUGAGGGACACCAGCGGGAAUCGUAACUUGGUGGAGUUUGACCUUCGCUCGGUGCACUACGAGGUCAAAUCCCCUCGGUGCCAUGAGAUGCGUCUGGCUGCGCCGCCCCACAACUUUAUCCGCUUCACUUUCCGUUGCGACCGGGAAGCCGAGGAAUGGGCCACUGUGGUGAUGUCAUCUCUGCGAGAAGCCCAGCGGGUUGCCAACAUGGCUGCCUUCGAUGCAGGCGGCAGGCAAAUACAGACUUCUCCAGAAAUGUCCUCCUUACCACUGGCUGAGGAGCUGUGCAUGGAGCUGGCCAAGGCGGUGGAAGCAGGUGACGCUCAAGCCGCCUCCCAGCAUGCAUCAGCUCUUGCUCGACAGAAAGCAGCACUCACCAUCCAAUUGGCAGAGAACAACUACACCGCUACUGGAGAGAUCAGUCUGUCUGUGGUGGUGGAGGAUGUGUCUUCUUCCUGCUGCUUCACAGUCAAAGUCUUCCCCUUCAUGACCGUCGCUGCACUCAAACAACAGGUCUUUGUGGAGUACGGUUUCCACCCGCGGGUGCAGCGCUGGGUGAUGGGUCAGUGCCUGUGCACAGACCUUAGGUCACUGGCCUCUUAUGGCGUGCAGAAGGACGGUGACACUGCCUACCUCUACCUGAUCUCCGCCCGUCAGGCCCGCAUCACAAGACAGCUGUUUCAGCAAGAUUUAGAGGGUGCACUGGUGGCCCCGCCCCUUCCUCCCAGCAAUGGCCCCACCUCUCAAGACUGGAGGGGCUACAGUACUCUGCCGCCACGGCUAACGCACAGCAACCAGGGAGGAGAUAAACCAGCUGACCUUCAAGUUGUCCUUGACAUGGAUAACCUGCAGCUGAACAACAAAACUUCUACGAGGACACAGAAGGAGUGGGCGUGUCCCUCAUGCACUUUCAUCAACAAGCCUUCUCGUCCAGGCUGUGAAAUCUGUGCUACGGCCAAACCUGACAUAAACGCCGCCACCCAGCAGGAGAAAGUAAGCAUAAAUGACCGAGGUGAGCUGGCCUUGAGCAGCAGCAACAGCAGCAGCAGCUGACCGCCCAUCACCAGCAGCUGACCACCCAUCAACGCCACCGUCUGGUCUCUCAUUCACACAUGCACAGCUAUGCUAAUUCUACCAUCCAUGUUGUCCACUCUUACACAGUGAUUGUCAAGUGCACUGAGAGUCUUGGCAGCUGAUUGGCUUUUCAAGACGUUUGAAGCACUGUAGCAUGAUGCCGAGACACACACACACACACAUGUGUUUGGACAUUUUCAGUUCAGUCAAUGUGUUAAUUUUAAAGAGGCCCUAAUAUUUAUUGGAGGGGAAGUGCUGAUUGUUAGGAAGUAGUGGCAAGUUACCUUAUGUUCAAUUGAGGGAGGGCAAAACUGAAGUUGGCAGUGGAUGAGUGAGGGAGAUGUUUACAUACAGGGUCAUCAAGUGCUUUUACUCUUUAAAAUCUAUUUUUCUUGGGGGUGUGUUUUUUUUAAUGAGGCGCAAUUGAUGUACAUUUUAGUAGCUGGUUUGAUUUUAUUUGAGUGCCGCUGAGUUGUGACAGCAAUGGAAUGAUGUUUUCAGUACAUACGACGACAGUAAAAAAAAAAAAAAAGACAUUAGCUGAAUAAACAUAAUGUAACAUUGACGACCACAUAACUUUUCCUUGUGAAAAAUUGGUACCUGCAAAAAAUUCACAAUUUAAACUAAAUGUACAAUGAUAUCAAAACUCAUAAAACCCCCUCUGCUCUCAAAGGGUACCUGCCAACAUCAAAAACUGAGCAAUAUUUUACAAAGACCGAUAAGGCUUCCCAACAUUCUGUUUAGCUGUAUUUAGGCAUUAAAUAAGUUAAGCGAUGAUAAAUCAGUGCAUAAAAAAGAUUUUGCUAAAAUAAAUUCAUAUGAAAUUAAAACUGCAAAAAGAAUUAUACAUUUUAUGGCAGGAAAUUGUCAAUUUUUUCCCAUUCAUAGACAAAUUGACUAAAUUUAUAUGUUUCUUACAAUUUAGCAUGGUGACUAAAUGAUUCAAUUUUGCACAUGAAUUUUUUUUUAUUUACUGCCAUACAUUUUAAAAUUAAGAGGUAGGUUUCCACAUCCAAUAACCUUUUUCUAAUUCAAAACAUCAAAAUAGUCUAGACCCUAGGUACCCAAAGUGGAGUACGUGUUCCUUCAUGGGUACACCAAUUGUAAUAGGGGGCACGUGAAUAAAAAUGAAAAACAAGUAGUGUUUUACACUCCCAAUUCUGAGAGCACUUGAACACCUCACAGUGCAAGGAGAACAUAGCAGAAAGGUGACAUAGCAUAAAGUUCAUUUCUAUACAUGGAUCAAAAGAACACAUGAAUUAGAUGAUUAUUUUAUCAUUUAUACUGGUGUUCUAAUCUCCUCACGGUGCACUGAGUAGGGGUUCCCCCGAAAUUUUGACUUUAUUGUUGGUUGUAUGUAUUUUUUGUACUUCGGCUACUGCUUUAUUUUGGUUGUUCAACUUUGCCCUAUAAUAUGAUAGUACAUUCAAAUGCAGACUUAAACCAUAGCCAUCAUGAGUGGACAAGAAAGUGAAGUUCAAAUUCAACCCAUUCAUAUAGAAGGAUGCCAACAUCAGACUGGAACAAAAUAUAUGUAUGAUGAUUAACUACUUAUCAUUGCUCAUGUGAAUAUCAAAAUGUCACUGUGCAAAAUAUACAUUUUUGACCUGGAAUUACUGUAAAAUUAAUUAACCAAAGCUUGGCAACCAUAGUUUGACUGACUCAACAGUGCCUCUAAUGGUUGCAACCAAGUAGUGCACGCUAUUUUGAUUCAGUUUUCUUUACCAAUAAUGGACUCAUCAUUUAAUAUGCCCAUCCCUAAUACAAAUUAUGUAAAAAAAAAUGUCAGUACAAUACAGACCUUUGUGUUUUCCAUCUCCAGUAUAUUGUUGACGUUUCCAUGUAGGGAGAAGAAUCUACCUCAGAGGUUGUUGUCCUCAGGUUUACUUCCAGAAAAGAAUGUUCCAAAAGAGCAGCCAGCAGGGAUAGACCAGCAGGGAGACCAGCGGGAAUACCAACGAGCCGUAGAGCGAGUGGUCCAGGAUGCCCUGCGAGAUGACCGACAGGAAGAGCAGCCAGCCGUCCUGGAAGCUGAGCGGCAUCUCCUGCAACUCCUGGAAAAGGAAGACAGAGAAGAGCAGCGUGCAGGCGGGACUGAGGACCACCAUGAUGAAGGCCGUCAGCAACCUGAGCACACAGAGCGGAGGAGGAGGAGUGAGCUUUAAUGAAACAGUUUUGAUUUUAAGCUUGUGACGUUCAAGUGUUGUACUUGGGGACGUGUGGCGUGACCACGGCAGCCACAGGCACCAGCGUGAGGGCCAGGAUGAAGCCUAGAGAGAAGUUGAUGAGGGCGAUGCAGCCCAGCAGGACAGCCAGGUACAACACAGCCACCAGCUUGAGGACUCUCCAACCCUGCUCUGUACCUUCACCGGACACCAACCUGAUCACAACAAUUGGACACCAUCAGUUGAUGGCUGAAAGCAUGUAAGAAUGAAACACUAUGUUGCAGGGGUGUCUCACAGGGGGCCAAAACUCAAAGCUGACUUUACAUCAUAGGCAGCAAAUUUACUAUCAAACCUGCAAACAAAUCCUUGUGGAAGUAAAUAACACCAAAAUGUUACCUGUGUGUGUUAUGAGGCAAAGCCAGACCCGCAGUAUAAACAGCAAUGGCUGUCAGCACCACCGCCUCAGUCUCUGACACGGGGAAGUGCUCUACUGCCAUCUCCUGGAAGCGGAUUGGCAGCGUGUACAGCGCCACUCCCGUCAGAUGGCUGAUAACCAGAGGUGUCAACACAGACAGCACACCAGGACUGGCCUGUUAAGGGAAUUGAAUGUGGAUCAAAGUGGUUGCCGUUGGAUGCAAAGAAGAGACUAGUGAGGUAAUAGUAACCUGCUCCACAUCAGCAAUGCCGUCUUCUGUUGCUGGAGGCGGAGAUGACAGUUGCACCCACAGAUCCAAGGCCUGCGUGGCAGUCAGUCAAAGACUAAAGCAUAGGUGUUGUAUAUUUAUUUGAGAUGGAACCUUGUGUAAGGAUACACGGAGCAACAAGAUGACAGCCAGCAGGCCGAAGGCUGGCAUGUAGUAACCAAUGGAGACAAAGUGGGAGAGCGAGGGCAUCAGGUAGAAGAAGUAGGACUGGUGUAGUCGCUCCAGCAGGUUGUUCAACUUGCGGUACAUUCCCUCCAGGAGCCUAGCACACAGGAAAAAGCAGUGAGUCACAUCCUAAAGAUGAGGGGAAGAAACUGAGAAAAUACCUGCCAACAGUAGUGGUGUCGGUUUUGUAUUGACGGAAACUGUUGAUGCCUUUGAUGGUGGCAGCCUCGAUGUGGUAGCGCAGGAAAAGACCAUGGUCCCCCCAGGGACGUCCGCUGGCUUGCUUGAGCACCAUUAGCAUCAGAGUCUGCACCGCGUGGCUGUAGCCUGACGCACUGUCCCAGUCGUUUCUCUGCAGCUGUAACAUUUUAAAGAUGGGAUACAUUGGGAAUGGGAAUCCUGCAUACACACUGGAUUUUAAAGUGUACU